AUGAGGAGCGCGCUUGUGUUCCUCCUGGCGGCUUUACGCACCAUCAGCGCGUCUCACUUCCAAUACAAAAUGUUUCAGGAGAACUAUCCUGGCCCCUCUGGCUCUCAGGCGCAUCAGAGAAAUAAAAACUGGUGCGCGUAUGUGGCGCAGAGGAACGUGAGCAGCGUGGUUGCGGGCGGGACGGAGAGCUUCGUCCAACCAGAGCUGGUGCCGUGUCCCCUGGAGGCCCCCAGCUGUGUACAGCAGGUGGUAUAUCGGACACACUUCCGGCCCAUGUACAAGAUCGACUACAGGAUCGUGUCGGAGCUGGAGUGGAGGUGUUGCCCCGGGUACCAGGGAUAUGACUGUAAAGAGGUCAAAGACAUGAACCUGCUGCCCACAGACCACUCAGCGUCUCCAGGACACGUCCCACUGUCGCCAGGUUCAGUGAUGAACACGGACCAUCCAUGGGCAGGAGACGGAUUGUUUCCAGGCCACGCGGGUCACAGGCAAACAUCUGGUCGAACUGGAUCUCCAAGUCCCCGUCACUUGGAACAAGAGGUGCAGCAUCUCUCGCAGAUGGUCCUGGACAUGCAAGCCAGGAUGACGGACAUGGCCUCCAGCUUGAGAGUGGACUUCCAGGAGGACGCCAGUAAAAUGCUAGUGUCCUUGAUGAAUGACCUCAGACAACCAGCCAGUGCUCGUGGGGGAGAUACACAGACCGUGCAACUGCAGGACUUCUCCUUCGAGCCGGAGACGCAGCAAACAGACGUGAUGAACAGGAUUAGUCAGGUCACCGGAGACCUGGAGUCCAACACCAACACUCUGAAAGACCUCUUGGAUUGGGUCAACCGCCACGAUGGACAGAUCCACCUGCUAAUGGAAGCAGCAGAGAAGUCUCCAGCUACACCCGCCCCUGGACACGACCUGCGCCCCUACGUGGACCAAAAGAUCCGUGUUCUGAGGGAGGAGCUGAUGGAAGGCAUUGACAUUAAAAUGGCGGAUUUGAAAAACUCAUGUGAAUACAAAAUGAUGUCUGUCCAGGAACUUUGCGAGAGCCAGGAAUCCCACUACUCCAGUCUCACAGAACUUAUGGAAUCGAAAGAAUCUGACCUCCGCGAAGACAUCGAAGAGCUGAAAUCAAAGCUGGAAAGAGAAGGACGAGGGCAAUCUGAGAGUUCUGCUCCAGUUUUGGGUCGAGUGGAAAACAUAGAACGAUGUCUGAAUCUAUCUGAGCACAAUUUGUCAGGUCGAUGUGUUGCUUUAGCAGAAGAGUUUAGUGGAAAACACUCCAAGGCUCUUGAAGAUCUCCAGAAAAACAUGGAGGCAAAGUUGUUAUUGAUGCAAGACAGGCUGGGCUCUCUUUUGGAUGAUACAAGAACACAACCUCAUGUCAUUGCUCUGGACAAAGUCUCAAAUGUCACUGGAAACACUAUCCAGGACAUACAGAAUAGUCUCAAGAAAGCUGAAACCAAAAUAACAGCCAUACACGAGAUGCAUCAAAACUGUCAACAAGACCUGGACGCACUCAAAACAACAAUACACCUGCAGCAUCACAAACUUGGAGAUGUGGAAAAGUCUGUUCUGCACAACAACAUGAGCUUUGAAAGUCUCACCCAGGACCUCAGAUCGGUCAAAAAUGAAAUAUCAGAUUGCAAAGAAAAAGCUAUGGAAGUUGGGAAGGAGCUGGUCGACCUGCACGGCCGCACUGUGGACGUGGAAAGUUUAUGCAGUAAGCUGGAGCCCAUCUCUAACAGCCUCCAACGGGUCAAAGACGGCCUGAGUAAACACGUGGCCAGUCUGUGGACCUGUGUGAACCAGCUCAACGGGACUGUGAGGUCUCAGGGUAAAGACUUAGGCCAGCUCAGAGAAACCGGUCAGAGUCUGCAGUCCCAUCUGUCCCAAGUCACCAAAGACCUGCACUUAUUGUCUCCCUCGGCUCCCAAAGACACAGCUGCCCAUGCUGCAAGGCCUCCUCCAACUGGACCUACAGAUGACAACUCUGUGCCUCAAAUGACAGUGAUGGAGACGGGUGAAGCUGGCCCUCCCGGUCGCAUGAGCGUGUCACAGUUACCUGCAGGUGCUGAUGGCAGCAUGGCUCCAGUCCAAGGCUACGCCGGAGCUCCAGCCUCCCCAGACAAUCAAAGAGAUCUGCCUCUGGUUUCAGCUGAAGAGAAGAUGGCCUUCUCUGUUGGAUUAACUCUCACACCUUUUGUGGGAGACAUUGGAAUAAUCCGGUUUAACAAAGUGUUGGUGAAUGAUGGAGGAAGCUAUGACCCUCACACAGGCGUCUUCACGGCUCCUGUGGGCGGCCGGUACCUGCUGAGUGCGGUGCUUGCUCCUCAGAGAGGCCACAGAGUGGAGGCUGUGGUGUCUGUGUCCAACCACAGUGUUCAGAAACUGGACUCCUCUGGGUUCUCUGGAGGCCCGGAGCUGCAGGGACAGUGUAACUGCAGCAGCGUGGCCUCGCUCAGCCUGGUCCUGCCUCUGAAACAAGGAGACCGAGUGGGACUCGUGCUGACCGCUGGGAGACUGGCCAUUUCAGCCUCGUCUGAGGUCCUGUCCACGUUUAGUGCUGUGCUGCUGUAUUCAACUCCAGUCCAGCGGUAG